CAGCUUUGGAAGCUGGCGUCGGCGAUAUGGCGCUACGUCGCUGCUGGUCGUGCGUUAGUGACUAUAGAUAUUGGCUACUUUUAGUCGCCCUUGUGCUUAUUUUUAAUCCUUUGCAAUGUUCUACGACUCGGCUGUACUCGAGCACGGACCCGUUAACCAUCCUGACCAGCGAGACGUUGAAGAAGAGCCUGCAGAACUCGUCGACCGCUUGGCUGGUGCAGUUCUACUCGUCCUGGUGCGGGCAUUGCAUCCAGUACGCGCCGACGUGGAGCGCUUUGGCCGGGGAUGUUAAAGACUGGGAUACAGCAAUCCGAAUUGGAGUGCUAGACUGUGCUGACGAGAAGAACUUUGAUACCUGUAAAGAAUAUGGAAUCCAUUUCUACCCCACUUUCCGGUAUUUCAAGGCUCGGAAUAGCCAACCUGACACGGGAAAGACCUACAGAGGGGCAGACAGGGAACUGCCAACAGUCCGACAGCUUAUGGUAACAUUUCUGCAAAACCACAGCCAAGAAGACUGGCCUCCUGCUUGCCCUCCACUAGAACCCUCCAGGGCUCUUGAAAUUCUUUCCUUGCUCGGCCAGAAGUCUCACCAGUACACUGCUGUCAUCUUUGAGGAUGAGAAAUCUUUUGUGGGGCGUGAGGUGAUUUUGGACCUGAUGCCAUACAAGGGUCUAAACGUGACCCGAGUUGCUGAGCCAGAUAAGAUUGUGCGAGAGAAGUUAGGAAUCGAGUCUCUUCCUUCAGGGUAUCUCUUUAGUCCUGAUGGCUCACAUGGACUCAUUGAUGUGCAGAAACCUCUGCGUUUUUUCUUUUCAUCCUACUUAAAAUUGCUUCCUGGAGUGAGAAGGAAACAGGCUCGUCGCAUCCCAGAAAAAGCAGUGUCAGUUGAAAAUGGGAUACAUGUAGCCUGGAAAGAGUUUAACAAGUCCAAAGUCUACAUGGCAGAUCUUGAGUCUGGACUGCAUUACCUGCUUCGUGUAGAAUUGGCUAGUCACAAAACACUAGAAGGAGAAGAACUGAAGACUUUUAAGGAUUUUGUUACUGUUGUGGCCAAGCUUUUUCCUGGACGGCAGCCCGUUGUCAAGUUAUUGGAGACCCUGCUGGAGUGGCUCAUCAGCCUGCCCAUUGCUCACAUUCCUUACGAUGCAAUUCUGGAUCUUGUCAACAAUAAGAUGCGGAUUUCAGGAAUGUUUCUGACAAAUAAGAUUGAUUGGGUGGGCUGUCAAGGAAGCCAGCCAGAACUUCGAGGUUAUCCAUGUUCACUCUGGCUGCUGUUCCACACUCUGACAGUACAGGCAGCUGAACGACCAGAUGCCUUGGCCAACACAGGUUUGGAGGACAAUCCUCAGGCUGUGCUGCAGACAAUGAGAAAGUACAUCACCACUUUUUUUGGAUGCCAGGAAUGUGGCCGACAUUUUGAAGAAAUGGCAAAGGAGUCAAUGAAUCAAGUCAACACUGCUGAUGAGUCUGUACUUUGGCUUUGGAAGAAGCAUAACAUAGUCAACAACAGACUGGCAGGAGCUCUCAGCGAGGACCCUAUGUUCCCCAAGACUUCUUGGCCAACGCCAGAUCUGUGCCCUGCCUGUCAUGAAGAGGUAGAUGGACUUCACACAUGGAACGAAAAGGAAGUCCUUGCAUUCCUCAAACGCCACUACGUCUUUUCAAACAUGUCUCCCAAGUACACUGCUGAGCAAGAGGGCCCUGUGCCAGGCAACCAGGCAGAUAAGGAACCUGCUGCAGUCAAGGUGGGGGGUGAUGCUCCCAAUCCUGUUGUCCCGUCUGUCAGGCCAGCGCUACCUGAGAAACAUCAAAACAAAGAGAAACCAGAAGCCAAUGUCAUUUCACAAAAGGAGCAGAAGCCUGGUGUGACUUUCCUCGUUUUGGGGUUCUCCAACAUUGACAUGAGCCUCUGUGUGCUCCUCUACGUGGCGUCGUGUCUCUUCCUCAUGGUCAUGUUUUUCUUCUUUCGAAUGCGUUCCAAAAGGUGGAAAAUUAAACACAACCGUCUGUAUGUGUAGCAACAACAAAAAAAAAAAAAAACAGGUUGUGGUGGGAUGUUAAUGUGGGCCAUGUCUUUGUUAGCCGAAAAUUAAAGCGCCAAAAUCCGGAGAGGGGCUUCAGGUGGUUGCAAGUCUAAAAACCUGUCAUGGUUUAGAAAAUGGCACAGUAUUAUAUGAAAAGAUUUGUCUCUGAAUCAUUUUAAUUCUGGAAGGUCACCAAGGGGAGAGUGUUGUAUGCUGAAACCAGCUUAAUUAACAUCAAGUGUUGACUGCUGCAGCGUUUUUGUUUUGGAAGUCACUCACUUGGCCAUUCGAAAUCUCCGUCACUUGCUCCAUCAUGUGGUGCGUGCAUUCUGAUCUUUGCAAAUCAUCGUUUUUUUUAUUGUUGCUUUAGUCCACUGCCAGUACGGUCAUAAUCCUGCCCUUUAAAUCAUCUUAUUGUUACUUUAUAAAGUAGCCAGACUGACAUCAUUGAGGUCAUAGUUGUACCUGGAAAAUUCAAUUCCUCGUCCUAAAUGCAUACGGUGAGGGUGUGAACAGCUGUGGGCACCCAGUGGCGCGUGGGGGAAUCUGCUUCUUGCAGCUCCAUAAAGCAUUUAGUGCAAUACGAUACAAGACACUUUACCGUGUGAUAGCAUGCAGGGUUUUGUUUUUUCCUUUUCUGACAUGUUCUGGCGGAACCUUCCAUUUUGUUUUUCUUGUAUUGUUGUUGAAGCUAUUCACCUGAUAUUCAAUGAAGUUAUUU